GAACACUACAUGCUCUUCCAAAAACCAACCCAUCUGCACAAAGAUCUCUUUUGUAAUCUGCCUCUCACUUUGGGCGAGUUUGUUUAUUAUUCCCGUCUCUUGUGAGAAUAAUGUGAUUAUUAUGUGGUCGUUACUCUGAAGCAGAUCAGCUCUGUGGGACGCAUGAUCAGGUACCUGAGCAUGAUGGUGAGGGAGCUGGUCCUGCUGUGGAUGGUGGCUCUGGUGGGGAUUUCAGCCCAAAUCACAGAGGGGGUGAAUGAGAGCAACAAGACACUGUCAUCCAUUCCUGCAAACUAUCCUUCAAACAUAACCAAGUUAAUCCUGCGACAUAACCGCAUUGUAGUGAACAGCUCGGACAUUAUGGCCUUACGUAACUAUACCAACCUAACAGAACUGGACCUGUCGUACAACCUCAUAGCAGAGCUACCAGCUGACGCCUUUUCUACCCUCAGCAACCUGGAAUCUCUGAGUCUUCUGGGAAAUAAACUGCAAACGCUGAGCAAUAAAACUGUGACUGAUCUGAGUAAACUGAAAAAACUGGAUCUCAGUGAUAACCCAUGGAUCUGCAGCAAGCAAUUUCUGAAUCUCAUCAAGUGGAUAAAUAACAAUGGAGUGCAAACAGGAGCGAAUGCUACAUGUGAAACUCCUCAAGAACUGGCUGGCAAAAGUAUCCUGAAUUUGACAAUGGAAUACUUAUCAACGACUAAACCAACUCCACUUACAACCAAGACCCACAACCCACACACAACUGCUACGUCUAUUUCUACUGCCGUUACUGUUAAGAGAACAACUCCUAUCACAACCCAGAGUCUGCCGCAUGUAGUGCCAACCACAUCGAGUAUGCCCAACAUUUCAAAGAAAGACUCUUUGGUCGAUGCUGAAACUGGCAAUAAGAAGCCUGGGGAAAACAACACAUGGAAGUUCCUCACUGGUGUAAUUGCAAUCAUUCUCUGCACAUCUAUCGUCAUUGUUUGUGCCGUAAAAUCGCCCUCAUGGUACAAGAUGAUCUUUAACUACAGGCACCAGAGGCUGCGUGAGGCAGAGGAUCCCAGAAUGUUUAACACAGGUCGCUACUCCAACUUUAGUCUGGACACGGAGCAGACGGAGACCAGUGUUAAUGAUCUGGACCAAGGCUUUAGUGGAACAACCGAGGAUGAAGACGGCUUCAUAGAGGAUGGCUUCAUAGAGGAUGGCUUCAUAGAAGACGGCUACAUUCAGCCUGGGGACUACAAAGACCCCAUUGAUGUUGAUGAAGUAUAAAGCCCUAAGUAACAUUGUUACUUUUUUUUGUAGUUUUGAUUUCUGUUGUUGUUCAACUGUCUGUACCUUCUGCAUAACAACCUUUGGUAACAACACACGAUAUGAAUCCAUAAAAUCAUUUACGCAGUCGACCAAGUAAAGAUGGUGAGAGGAAGAGCGACUAAGAACUAAAAGGAUUUGAAUGAAGUCAAAGGCAAACCAUAAUAUAAAGGAGUACAUACAAAAUGUUGUUUAUCACUUGUGAUAACGUGGGGGGGAAUCAUUGAGGCAUUAUUAAAGUACUAGGUGUAAGUGUUUUGAACAGUAACGGUUACAGCCGUAUAUGUCGAACAAAUGUCGAAAAGAAAUAAAUGUAAAUUAUAAAUACGGUACUAAGGUGGUGCUGAGGUAAAUCACACUAGCCCACUAUGCUAUUGGCCAGUCGUGCAUCUACUCAAACAUGAUUUGCUGAGUAUCUGUGAGAGGGGUAGGGGGGUUUAUGGCCAAAUAGCCUAGUCAUUGGGAGAAGCGCUUUCUGACAAGGAGUCUGAUAAGGAGGCUUGCAUCAGGAAAGGCAUCUGAAGUAGGAACCUGCCCAAUCGGGUACGCAGCCCAUAAUAAUACUCUGUGGUGACCCCUAAAUAUGGAAAAAACAGGGGUGUCCUGAAUGUGAAUAUUUCAGAAAGCACUGGUGAAGUAGAGUAGAGUCUUGGACACAAGUAUGCUUGUUUGCCUUUACAUAUAAGGCCAUGCCUAGCAGGCUCUCAGAUCAGUCUAAUCAGUACAUUCAGUAUACAUGUUUAUAUUACCUAGAAUGGCUGAUAGUAUGAGUUGUUACACUGCACCUUUCAAAACGCAGCCUAUAACGUAACGUUAAUGGUCAAAUUGUGGACUGUCAUUAACUAAGCUGCACUUUAAACCACAAUAAACAGCUUUGAGAUCUGUGAUUAAUAAAGAAUGCAGAAUUUAAAUAUUUAAAGUGUAUCAAGCUUAUCAAAACCUUGUCUGUCAUGCUAAUGAAGCCACAUUAGAACAGACAACACAAGUUAAAGCAUUAUUGUUUUUAUCAGUGCAUAGGACAGAACAGGGCAUCUUACUAAAACGUUCUGGUGUGCCCUCUUGUGUGUUGCAUUAUAAAUGCUGUAGUUAUGAGGAUUUAAAGGCACUUACUUUCUUCUCUCUGUGAAAAUUGAAUCUAUGCUUUGGGCCUCUCGGUCAUUCUGUGAUUUCAGCUAAAAAGAAAUGUAAAGUGAGAACACUGAAAUGCUACACAUUUAAAUGUAUAUAAUAUAUAUAUAUAUAUAUAUAUAUGAGCUUACCAUACUAAUGUCAUUUAUUAGUUCAUCCAUUUCUGUGUUUGUAUUCAGCUUGUCAACCAGCUGAAAAUUCACAUACACAAGAACAAUUAAGAUACAUUCAGACAUAUUAAACUGCCUUUCACUCACAUACUGUUUAAAUAAAAACUCUAAAAAAGUCUCUA